AUGAAAUGGAGCGUAAAUUACGUUUUUUUGAAGCUGGAAGUGGCUAAAUUUAGUAUUCACGUGAAACCCGUGGGUUCUAUGGAUCAAUUCUUGGCUGGCAGUGCCACUCGACGCGAUGGGUCACAAGAAACAGCGACACGAGCGUUGGAUACAUUGGAACGAGUGUUGGAAGAGAAGGAGCAGGAAUUGAUUCAAUGGAAUUCCAUGCAUGAGAAAUUAACGAGGGAAUACAAUGAACGGAAAGAAUUACAGGAAAUUCUCGCACGUGCGGGUGAUUUUUUUGAAAUUGAGAUUCCUGAAGUACAAACGGGUCAUGGAUCAAGAAUCUCGUCACGGACAGGAGGGUAUAGUUUUGUGGAUUCUUCAUCUGGAACGACGGAAGGAGAGGAUACGUCGUCAUUGCGUUUUCGUAAUGUGACAGGUGUUGUACCGGCUGAUGAACGACUGAAAUUUGAGAGAAUGGUCUUUCGUAUGACGCGUGGUAAUUGUUUUACACGGUUCUCACCGAUUCAGGAGUCAUUGGUUGAUCCUAGUAAUGGUCAACCCGUUACAAAGCAUGCCUUUGUUAUUUUCUUUCAGUCGACUUAUAUUGAGAAUAAGCUACGUAAGAUCUGUGAUGCUUUUCAUGCAAGGUUAUACUCGCUCCCAUCAAUGGAUGAUCGUGCUGCGAUUGCACACUUGAUUCAGAGCAAUGCUGGAGAACUGAAUCAGAGCAGUCACAUUCUACGUCGCAACCGCGAGAGCUGUGUGCUGCUGUGUCGUGACCUGGCUGAGACGCUCGAGUUGUGGAAGUGGUCUGUGCUACAAGAGAAAGCGACGUAUCAUGCGCUUAACAUGUUCCGUGCUGACGUGAGUGGCAUGCUCCGCGCCGAGGGCUGGGUCAUUAAGGAGGCCCUCGCGAGUGUUCGUCGUGCUGUUACGCGUGCCCAUACAGCAGUUGAUGACAAGUCGAUGCCGUCGCUCGUGGACACUGUGUCCAAGCCUUGGCCAGUACCACCAACUUAUUUUGAGACAAACAAAUUUACUGAUGCUUUCCAGAACUUUGUGGAGACAUACGGCUGUCCUCGUUACCGCGAGGUAAACCCGUCUGUUUUUACUGCUGUAACAUUCCCGUUCCUGUUCGGCGUAAUGUACGGUGAUAUUGGUCACGGCUUAUGUGUGCUGCUAUUUGGACUGUAUUUGAUCCUGACGGAACGCCGUCUCGAGCAGCCGGGAAGCAUGGGUGAAAUGACGGCAUCAAUUUACAGUGGACGAUACAUGUUGUUCAUGAUGGGUGCGUUUGCCAUUUAUGCUGGUAUCAUCUACAACGAUUUCUUCUCGCUACCGCUAAAUCUGUUCGGCUCUAAGUUCGCAUACCCAAACUGCCUUGAGUCUCACGAUCGCGAUGUCAAGUGUGUGGCUGAGUACAUGAUUGACGGCGAUAUGACAUACGUAAACGCUACGGACGUCUCUCGUGGCGACAAUGUGUACGCCGUUGGUUUGGAUCCGAUUUGGAAGACGUCUUCGAAUGAGCUGCUUUUCUUCAACUCGUUUAAGAUGAAGAUCUCUGUGAUAUUUGGAAUAGUUCAGAUGACGUUCGGUAUUCUCCUUAAGGGCUGGAACAACCUGUACUUCCGUGAUUACUCGACUUUUUUCUUCGAGUUUAUUCCGCAGAUCGUGUUUGCCGUCUCGCUCUUUUGCUACAUGAUCGUGCUUAUAGUGAUGAAGUGGAGUAUUGACUGGACUGAACGCAUGAAGCACGAGGUGUGUCCAUAUAACUUUGCCGGUAAGCACACUGGCUGCCGUCCGCCUUCGCUUGUGAACACGCUUAUUAACAUCGCGCUUGCCCCUGGCAACGUAGUGGAUCCACUUUACGAGGGUCAGCUUGAAACGCAGCAGAUGCUGCUCACGAUGGCCUUGUUGUCUGUGCCGGCAAUGUUGUUCAUCAAGCCCAUGUACAUGAAGUUCCAGAACGACCGCACUGCACCAAUUGUGAGCCACCACACGGACUUUGAUGACGAAGCUGAGGAGCACUUGGUGUCGCACAGUCAUAGCAACACUAGCGGUGGUCACGGUAGUCAUGGCGAGGAGUUUGAGUUUGGCGAAGUUGUCAUCCACCAAGGCAUUGAGACCAUCGAGUUUGUACUGGGUAUGGUUUCGAAUACGGCAUCGUACCUGCGUCUAUGGGCUCUAAGUCUGGCUCACUCUGAACUGGCUACUGUAUUUUGGGAAAAGACGAUGUUGUCUACCAUCAAUAGCGACUCGUUCAUUGCGAUUUUCAUCGGUUUCGCUGUAUUUGCAGCAACAACGUUCGGCGUUAUCCUUGCCAUGGACGUGCUCGAAUGCUUUUUGCACGCACUGCGUCUGCAUUGGGUGGAAUUCCAGAACAAAUUUUACAAAGCUGACGGCUACAAGUUCCAUCCGUUCUCAUUCAAACAGACGAUCAAGGACUCGCAGCAGCUGUAA